UGCGGUAGGGGUCACGUGAUUGGGCCUGGCAAGAGAGUUCGUCUCAGCGCGCGGCGCCUACUUCCGGUGGCUCCUGUCAGGAGGGCUCCCUCAGUCCCUCCGCCCCCCGUCUCUUUCCCGAGCGCUGGCUGAGGCGAUGGCGAGCGGCGGCGGCGAGAGCGUCCCUGCGGCAGCCGCGGCGGAGGAGGAGGCAGGGGAGGCGGAGCCGGUGCCCGGCCCCGUAGCCUCAGCCUUAGAGGCCGCCGAAGAGGAGGAGGAGGAGCAGGAGGUCUCGGCCCUGGCGGUGCGGCUGCGGCGGCGCCUGAGGGGCUGGGAGCCCACCGUGGCCGCCGUUCAGCGGCUCCUGGUCUGGGAGAGGCCGCCGCAGAGCUUGGCCGGGGCCGCCGCGCUCGGAGCCGCUCUCUGGCUGUUCUCCUCCACUUCGUUGCGCCCCCUGUUCCUCCUCAGCAUUGGCCUUAUUGGUGUUCUUCUGUUGGAGAGAUGGAAGCCACAAUUCCUAUUGGAUAUCUCAGCUCAACCCUUGGAAGAACCAGGAGGAGACAGUGAUCGUGAAAUGGUAGGAGCACAACCUCAUUUGCUCAGUGUCCCAGAGCUCUGUCGGUGUCUGGCUGAGAGUUGGAUUACAUUCAGGCUGUACCUACGUGAACUAUUGCAAUACAAGAGGCAAAAUCCUGCCAAGUUCUGUGCCAGAGUCUGCUCAGGAUGUUUGAUCCUAGUAGUAGUGGGACACUAUGUUCCAGGAAUCAUGAUUUCUUACAUUGUCUUGCUCAGUAUCUUGCUGUGGCCACUGGUGGUAUACCAUGAGCUUAUCCAAAGGAUGUAUACUCGCUUGGAGCCUAUCCUGAUGAAACUGGACUACAGCAUGAAGGUGGAGACCUUGCAUCUUAAACAUGAAAAGAAAAAGCGUCAAGGAAAGAGUGAGCCAGAAGCGGGUAAUGAGCCAAUGGCAGAGACGGAAAGUGAGAGUGAGGCAGAACUGUCCGGCUACUCUCCUGUGGUGGAUGUGAAGAAGACAGCUCUGGCAUUGGCAAUCACAGACUCAGAGCUUUCAGAUGAGGAGGCCUCUAUCUUGGAGAGCGGAGGUUUUACCGUCUCUAGAGCUACUACACCACAGCUGACAGAUGUGUCUGAAGAUUUGGAUCAACAAAGCCUGCCCAGUGAGCCCGAAGAGUCCUUCUCCAAGGACAUGGCGGAGUUCCCCUCUGUGGAAGAGUUUCAUUCCAGAGACUUGGGACCACCCAGUGAGGAUGACAAUUUUGCGGUGCCUGGUCACGCUGCCCAGCAGUUGGACUCUGCUGAGGAAGAAGCAGUGGCAACAGAGGCCCUGACUUCGGACCCAUCCAUCCUGUGCCUGGCCUCACCCCUCCAUUUUGUAAAUACGCAUUUCAAUGGGAAUGGGCAGGCGAUGGUGGGAGGAGCUCCUGAGCUCCAAGCUGCCUCUUCAAGAGGCCUGGGGCUGCACAUCGAUUCCCUGAGCCAAGAGAUUGUCUCCACUGCUAUCAGUACCGUAGUGCAAAACACCCUGUCGGCCCUGCUCCGCUCCUCUGAGGACAGUGAGGGGCCUUCCCUCUCAGAGUUCCUGCCCACUGAGCCUGAGGAGAGACUCAGUUUCCAGACGCAGCUGUCUGAGAAUGAGGAGGUCGGCCCAGGUUCCCUUGCUGGUGAGGAGGAGGAAGCAGAUGACUUCGAGCUUCUUGAUCAGAGGGAGCUGGAACAGAUGGAUGCAGAGCUGGGCCUGUCUGGAGAAGCCACAGCUCCAGAGGCUUCUCCUCUCCCUCCUGAAGAAGAAUCACCACCUGGCUCCUAGGUCCUGCUGUUCUCUUGCAUUUCAAUAGCUGCAAGGAAGGACAAGUAAACACAUGGCAGGGUUUAAUCUAUGCUGACAAGAGAUGGCAGAGCAUCUACAUUCACAGUGUUAUGUCUGGAAUAGUGAAUCGUUGCUCCCCAUCCCCUUCUUCCUGUGUUGACUUUCCCAUCAGGUCACUGUGUCCAUCCAUGCUUCCUAGUGAUGAUGCAGUCUUUUUGUUUGCUGCUGCAGUCUUUCUAUCUUUGUCUUUGUCUACUUUUUUUGAACACCGCCUCUAGGUUGCUGCUCUUCCUUCCACACCCAUAAGGAGGUUGAGUGGUUUUAUUAGAUAGGACAGCUGGGUCUAAAUUGUAAAUAAAAUUAUUAAUUCAUUGGUUGUUUAGUUCAAGAAGAAUGAAGAAUUGUUAUAUGGAGAAAUUAGAUGGGGAGAGCUCCCCCCCCCUUUGUAUAGAAACCUGGAUGGGGAAGGGAAACAGUCUCAAAGGAGACAACCAUCAUUUUGCUGUCAGAAUGAGAGGAAGGGGCACACUUGGGCUUUCCUACCCACUUUGCACCAUGUAACAGUACCGUUUUCAGUUUCAAGCAUUCUUUCCCUUCUCCAUCCUUUUAACAUCAUCUAAUAUCCUCUCUGCAGAAAUGUGUCUAUGACAGACCUGGGAUAGGCUUCAGGGGAGGAGAACCCAGUCAUAUUGGUUCUGAACAGCAAGCCAGGCUUUUUGAAGUAGUCUGAAAGCUUCCUUUUCACAUUCUGUUGCCACUGCACUUUAAAUGCAAAAUACUCCCAUUUGUGCUUGUUCUUACCUUGUCCUGAAAUCUGACCAAACCAGUCCUGCUCUGUGAUUUACCCUGGGCAGCAAACAAGCUUUUAUUUCCCUUAGUCUUGUUUCUAGGAGAAGGAAGGAGCAACUUGAGAAGAAAUGACAUGUCCGAGACAGCGGAAAGAACCCGAGUUUCUGUGGGGCAAGCCCUCUAAUCUCUUCUUCUGCCUCUUUCAACAAGCUAAAUAUUUAUCCCAUUAUAGUUUUUCCUCUAGUUAGAGUAGUGUGCCUACUUGUGUUCUCAGGACAUGGGAGGAGUGUUCUGGUGUUAUUCCGCCAAAGGUGGUCAAUACCUGUGGAGGGUGCUUGCACAGCUUUACAGUGCUUUUUUUUUUAAAGGAAAUCUAGUUGAAACUACUGAGUAACAUAAUCUUUAAAAAAGUGUUUUUAAAAAAAAUACAAUUGUAAAUUUACAACAGUAUGGUGGUUUUUAUUAUAUAGAAGCAGAUCUCUCCUGCCCAUCCAGUGUGCAUCACAUCGGUGUAUUGCAAGGCUAUGUUUUGCUUCUGGCAGUCCCCCCCCCCCCCCCCCUAGCUGGGUGGUCACUGUUUGUUGCCUGGAAGAGUUUUCCUUUUUGUCUUUUUCUCUGGGGAUUGCAGAGUAGGCUAUGGCAGUGGUAUUGCAAACUGAUUUGUGAAUUGCUCAUUAUCUCACUCUGUAAAGUGUUUAGGAUGGACACUUCCUGGAAAUUGCUGAUGUUCCUGACUUUCUAAUAAGAGCAAAUACAGCUUAGUUGUAUAGAUCUUAACCCUCAACCUGGGAUAGCUUUGCUGCAGACUUCAGUAUUUUAGCUGUAUUUCAGAAGACAUUACUUGUGCUAUUCAGUUACAGAACCCCAGGAGUGAGUUGGAUUCCUUAUAUUAGUUUCUUCAAUGGUUUUCUUGGAAAUCUACUUGUGAUUUUCUUCCCGGGACUGACUCUUGUUCUGUCCUGUGUUGCCUGAUCCGCACCCUCCCUUGAUCAAAUGUUGUGGAGGUACAGCUGUUAAAAACAGCAUCCUCUUAAUGUCUGCACUUUGGAAAUGGGAAGCCGUGUGGCACUGAGUGUGAUGCUUGCCCACCUCUGUUUUAUGUCCUGAGCACAGAUCUUCCCACCUUUCUUGAUAACCGGAAGUUCAUGUUUUCUCCUUCUGGUAAAGGAGGCAUGUGAUGUAUGGGUAUUUCUUUCUGGAGCACUAAGCACUCCUCCUUUCCUUGAGUGGCAGCUGUGCCGUGUUGCUCUGGGUCUGGGGCCUUCUAAUGAAGAACUAGAAGAUUGCUGGUGUUACCUAGGAAAGGUGGAGGGCUUAAACUGUGUAGCAGUGUAUUCUAUGGCUAAAUAUUUAAAAGUAAAAUGUAGUCUUUUAAAUAAAAAAUGAAAGAUGUGAA